AUGUUUACUUUUUUGCACAGAAUCCUGGUAUAUGGCUACAAUGGUAGAACGGGUAACCGAGGGCGGACGCAAAAAAAUUCAACGAAGACAUCGAGAGAAAGUAAAACCUUCUUUUCUACGGUUUGUCCAAAAACUGCUGAUGCAUUUCAAAGGCCAAAAUUGACUCAAGUACGACGAAUUGAGCGUUUGGAAGAUGUACGGCAAAAGAAGAUUCCAAAAGAAUUAUCAUACGAAGAACCUCAAUCACUGAGAAUGUUACAAGAGCUUUUAAACAUAGAUUCGAACACGUUAGAACGGCAAUUGAACGUUUGGAAGUUAUCAGAUGAUUAUCAAGAUAAUGUUUUAUGUGGCUCCUACCUUUACUUGGGCGAGAUACAGAACGCAAAUGAGAAAUUAUAUUAUACUCUACUUAGUCAAUAUAUUGAACAGUAUUUACCGAUCAUUAAAACGCCCACUGUGAUGACGUCCUGCAAGUACUUCGGCAUUGUUUAUAAAAGGCCUAAGGGUCUAAUGUUUAACAUUCAUGACAAAGGACAAGUUCACAAUCUUCUCAAAAAAUGGCCUGACAAAGAAAUUAAAGUCAUAAUAGUGACAGAGAGUGGAAGAAUCUUGGAUUGUGAGGAUCCGGCCGAUCGAGGCGCUUUAGGAAUGGGGAUCCCCAUGAGCAAACUCGCAUUGUACACUGCGCUAGCCGGAAUAAAGCCUCACCAGUGUUUACCUAUCACAUUGGAUGUCGGCACCGACAAUUUGUCACUUUUAGAAGAUCCAUCGUACGUGGGAAUAAAACAAAGACGAGUACGAGGCAACGAGUACUAUGAGUUUAUUGACGAAUUUAUGGAUGCAUGCAUUCAAAAAUUUGGACCUAACACUCUCUUUUUGAAGACUUCACCAUAA